CAGAGACGCAGCUGCCUGUCAGUUUCUUCCCUGCUCCUAGUUCCUGAGCACCCGGCGAUGAUCCAGGCGUGAGUCGUGAAUGUACACCGACGGACGGAUCGUUCGCUAUUGCAGGAAAAGCAGCCUGUCCUGCUAAUGUUUCGUCAUCAGCCGUGGUUCUAAGCAUCACCUCAGGAGGUUCUAAUCAGAGCAACAUGCUGCACCUCACUGUGCUCCUCCUUUUCCUCCUGUCCCUCACUUUCCCCUCCACGGAUGCAUCUGCCUUCGGAGGGGAACCUGGUUUCUACGGAGACGAUGCUACAGGUUACGGGCCGGUGUUUGAGGAUCAGCCAGUCGAAACCAUCUACCCCGAGGAGUCGCCUGAGGCCAAAAUCACCAUGAGCUGUCGAGCACGAGCCAACCCACCUGCCACAUACCAGUGGAGGUUGAACAGCCGGAGCAUAGACCUGGAUGGUGAUAACCAUUACACUCUGGUCGGGGGCGACCUGGUCAUCUCUAACCCCAUCAAGAACAAACACGUUGGGAACUACUCCUGUGUGGCCACCAACGACUACGGCACUGUGGUCAGCCGAGAGGCUGGCGUCCGGUUUGGAUACCUGGACUUCUUCUCGUCUGAGGAAAGAGAGGCGGUGCACGUGAAAGAGGGCCAGGGGGCAGUCCUGCUCUGCGCUCCCCCACCACACUACCCACACGAGCUGUCAUUCCGCUGGAUUCUGAACGAGUUCCCUAUCUUCAUCACGCUGGAUAAACGUCGCUUUGUCUCCCAGACUACAGGGAACCUCUACAUCUCAAAGGUGGAUUUAUCAGACAGUGGCAACUACUCCUGCUUCGUCUCCAGUGCAUCCAUCGCCAAGAGCGUCUUCAGCAAGUUCAUCCCCCUCGUCCCCCUGACUGAACGUCCAAUCAGGAAAUACCCCGCUGACAUCAAAGUCAAGUUCCCAGACACUUACGCACUGGUGGGACAGAAUGUCACAAUGGAAUGCUUCGCCCUGGGAAACCCCAUCCCUCAGAUCCGCUGGAAGAAGAUGAACGGAGAGCUGCCGUCCAAUCACGACGUCAGCAUGGCGGGGGCCCACCUCCACCUGUACAACGUGCAGUAUGAGGACGAGGGGACAUACGAGUGUGAGGCCCUCAACUCCAAAGGAAAGGACUGGCACAGGGCACGCGUCUCUGUAGAAGCAUUCCCGGAGUGGACCGAGUCCAUCAACAGUACAGAGAAGGACAUCAGUAGUGACUACACCAUGUCCUGUGUGGCUAGCGGCAAGCCCAAACCCCACGUACAGUGGCUCAAGAACAGCUAUGCCUACGAUAAGCGUGAUUUGAGGUUCAGUGGUCUGACGUUUAAGGACUCUGGGAUGUACCAGUGUAUAGCAGAGAAUCGCCAUGGAGUCAUCUAUGCUAACGCAGAGCUGCGAGUGAUUGCGUGCGCCCCUACGUUUGAGCACAACCCUGUGAAGUGGAGGAUUCUGGGAGCUAAGAACGGCAGAGUGGUCAUAGAGUGUAAACCUAAAGCAGCUCCCAAACCCUCGUUCUCCUGGAGCAAGGGCACUGAACUGCUCUUCAACUCUACCAGGGUGUUAAUCUGGGAGGAUGGUAGUCUGGAAAUUCUGAAUGUGACCGAAGCGGACGAGGGGCGUUACACUUGCUUUGCUGAGAACAAUCGGGGCCAGGCCAACAGCACAGGCUCCCUCUCCAUCACAGAGGCCACUAAGAUCACCUUGGCUCCUUCCAACGCAGACGUGACGGUGGGGGAGAGUACCCACAUGCAGUGUGCCGCGUCACAUGACUCCACGCUGGACAUCACAUUCGUCUGGACCCUGGACGCCCACUCCAUCGACUUUGACCGGGAGGGAUCCCACUAUGAACGCAACCUGAAUGGUGGUUCCAGUGGAGAGCUGCUCAUUAAGAACACCCAGCUGAAGCAUUCUGGACGUUACACCUGCACCGCUCAGACCCCUGUGGACAACGUCACCGCAUCCGCCAAUCUGGUAGUCAGAGGUCCGCCUGGGUCUCCAGGUGGGGUGCGCGUGGAGGAUAUCAGGGAUAAGAGUGUGCGUCUGAUCUGGAGCCGAGGUACAGACAACCACAGCCCCAUCUCUAAAUACACUAUCCAGUGCCGGGACUCUUUCUCUCAGGAGGACUGGCGAGACGCCACCACAUCCCCUCCAGAUGUGGAAGGAAAUGCAGAGUCGGCCACGGUGGUGGACUUGUUUCCCUGGACAGAGUAUGAGUUCAGGGUGAUAGCCACCAACACCCUGGGGACAGGAGACCCCAGCAGCCCCUCUCCCAAAGUCACCACGCUGGAGGCAGUUCCUGUGGUGGCGCCCUCAGACAUCGGCGGCGGCGGCGGGACCAGCAGGGAGCUGACCAUAACUUGGACGCCAGUGCAGCCACAGUACUACUAUGGACGUAACUUUGGCUACAUCAUCGCCUUUAAGCCCCGGGAUGGCUACGAGUGGAGGAAGGUGACUGUGGCAGACCCCGGGGCUAAGCACUACGUCCACAAAGACUCGUCCAUCCUCGCCUCCACAGAGUUUGAGGUCAAAGUGAAGGCCUUCAACAGCAAAGGGGAAGGACCCUAUAGUCUCAUGGCUGUCAUCUACUCUGCGCAGGACGUGCCAUCUAAAGCCCCGACUAGUGUGGGGGCCAGGGCGCUGUCCGCCACUGAGGCCAUCGUGUGGUGGCUUCCUGUUACCCAGCACACUGUAGAAGGCUACCAGGUGCGGUACUGGAGGAAGGCGGAGGACAGCGAGACGUCCAGUCAGAGGGUGGUGUUGUCCAGCAGAGAGAACCAGACCAGGCUGGAUAACAUGAGGCCAGACUCCCACUACCUCAUAGAGGUCAAGGCCUACAAUGCAGCUGGAUACGGACCCCCCAGCCAACACUUACAGAUCUACACCAAGAAAGCCCCCCCAAGCCGGCCUCCUAAAAUAAUCAGUAAAAAGCUGAAAGGCACAUCAGUGAAUAUCGCCUGGGAACAUGUUGAGCCCUUGGCCAACGAGUCAACAAUAGAUGGCUACAAGGUCCUGUACAGGCAGGCCAGCAAAUCCACUGGGAUGCUGUUUACCACUGGGAAGCGGUCCAUAGACCUGCCCAUGCACAAGGAUGGGGACUACAUAGUGGAGGUCAGGGCUCACAGCAAGGGAGGGGACGGGGCUGUGGCCCAAAUACGCAUCUCAGGUGGAGGCGUCAUGGCUGCCAAGUCCCUCAGCUUGGCCUACCUGCUCCUGGUGGCUCUGCUCUGUCUGAUGGGCCUCUGAAUGUAGCGCCAUCUUUCUCUGUCUUCACUGUCCAGUCCAGUGAAGGAGACUCUGUGAAGUUGACGCCUAUCUAUGACAACUUUGGUUUCAUAACCUUUGGUUUCACCUUGCAGGCCAAAAAAAAAACAUAUUCCCCGUUUCGAGGAAUUACGGCUCUGUUUGUGGAGGGAAAAAGACACAAUACAAAAUUUGGACAGAGAAGAUAUCUGGGAUCUCUCUUAUUUUAAACCUACAUUACCGUUGAAGGAGGAGCGUCUAAAGGGGGUGUUUCAACUUUUUCAAUAUGCCUUAUAUGUGAAUGGUUACACUUAUCUUUCACAAUGCCAUGACUGGCUCUUGACUGGCUGAGGUGUUAGUGCAUAGGUACUGCACCAAGAUGGCAGGUAACUGUUUUAAAAAAAUAUUGUGAUUACAGGCCUUUCUUGUUCAUUCAUGAAGGUACAGUAGCUUCAAAGUGUGUGUUUCAUUUGAUGUAUGGCAUUAUGGACAAUAGUUACAACAUAGCAUUCCAUAUAUAGUGUAUAUAUAAGCUUAGCAGGUAAUAUAGUUGUGAAGGAUAAGUGUAUGAGUUUCUGAAAAUGUCUUUGUGUUUUAUAUGCAUUUCAGUGACUUUUUCCUCUCCCUUUUUCUUUUCUUUUUUCAAGAUGAAUUCCACCAUCCCCUUUACAGAGAUACAGUCAAAUCAAAUCUCUACUCAUGGUCCCCGGCAUCCUAAGAUUUCUCUUAUCGAACAUCCUCAGACAAAAGAGCAAUUCAUGUAAUACUAAUAUAAUAUAUGCAAUGUAUAUGGUUUUGCUAUCUAAUAAGUACAUAUAGCCAGUACAUAUAGCUUACUAGUAACGCUGUAACUUCUUUGUUCAGAGAAACAUAGAUUUUUAUCUCACAAAAACAUGCUUAUUUCCAACUCGUAACGUUCUCGAAAGCGAAUAGACCCCGUUUACAAGUGUUUGCAUGUAGCCAUUGUUAUCAGAGAGAGUUUCCUGACAAAACAAGAGAAACUUCUCAGCCAGAGUGAUGCGAGCAUUUUUAGCACAUGCAUAUCUGUGUAUGUAAAAGUUGAAUGUAUUGAUGAACUGUGGGAAUGAGAAAUUAGCUUGAAAACAUAUCAGACCUGUAGUUUGUAUAUAUCCAUAAAAAGGAUGCGGAUUCAUGAUUUCGACUGGCUGAGAAAAGCUGCCUGCCUGUCUGUCUCAUCUGUCUUGGACUCCCGGCAUGUUCUUUGCUAUGGGACAGCUGGAGAUCGAAUUUUAAUAUUGUAACAAUGUUGCAAAUACCUGAGGGACCGACUGCAAGGUUUAUACAAAAAUCCGCUGUUGAAAACUAAAUGUUAGUCUUAAAGAAAUGUGAGAUAAUGUCUAGAUGCUUUUUAUAGUGGAGAUCAAGUUUAUAAAUUGUGACUGACCGGCUUAAAUCGGUCUCGUGCCGCAAAAUUUGAAAUUGUGUUUUUUUUUUUACAUUGGAUAAAAGUGGAGACUCAGAGCUACAAAAUGGUAUUUCAUACACUGCAUUUGAGGAACAAUGGGAAAGUAAUUCUGCUUUGAAAGUUGAUAAACUUAAACUCACUUUUGAGAAAAUUGCCUUUUGAAUGUUUUGGUACCUACUGGAGAGCUCUUCUAUGUCUACACCCAUUCAGCAUUGUUCACACCCUCUUAAAAUGGGUGGGGCUAAACAAUGAACCAUAAUCCAAAUCCAUAGAGUGCUAGCUAAAGUGAUCCAAAUAGGUUCAGUGUUAGCUAGUUAGCUUGCUAACAUUAGGCUAUAACUAGCAAUGCGAAAUGGCAUUCUGAUAUAACAUUAAAGUUACUACACACAGAUCAUAAACAUAAUAUUAGCUAGCGAGCCUGCCAUCUAAUGUCAGCUAGCUAGCUAACAGCAAUCUUUAGCUUGCAAUGAAAACAACUUUCUGACAAAAUUAUAAACGUAUAAUAUCUGAAACUGUAGCUAGACUCUUACCCAUAUACAUGGACGAAUGCUUCAUGGCUGAUUGCAACCCCGUUCAUUAAAUAAGACAUCCUGUGUUGUUUCCAUUUUGUAGAUACGCUUUUUUGCCAACGUUUACUGACAUAUUCAACUGCCGUUAUUCUGCACUCUGGCACACUCAGACAAGAGUGCUCUGAAACAGUUGCUGCAGUGACGUUCUAUUGAAAUGGAUACUUGCAUAGUAGUCUUUUGUUAAGUGUUACUACACGAUAAAUAAAAUAAAAAAGCAGCGUUAGAUUGGAUUACCUAGACAUAAUGACCAGCUCAAAUAGACAUAUGCUAUAUGGCAGACAAAUCCAAACUCAUCUCUUGGCAUGUCCAGCCCACUCAUUAUCUCAGCCAAUCAUGACUAGCGGGAAGGUUGCUGUCUUUUUAACCAACUGUGCUCGUAAUUUAACAAUUUUAUUUGUCUAGAGCCUUGCAAAAGUACUCAUCCCCCUUAGCGUUUUUCCUAUUUUUCUGCAUUACAACUUGUAAUUUAAAUUAAUUUUUAUUUAAUAGUAUUUAUUAAAUAGUCCAAAUUGGUGAAGAGAAAUGAAAAAAUUACUUGUUUCAAAAAAUGAUAUAAAAUAAAAAAUGGAAAAAUGGUGCAUGCAUAUGUAUUCACCCCUUUACCAUGAAGCCCCUAAAUAAGAUCUGGUGCAACCAAUGACCUUCAGAAGUCACAUAAUUAGUUAAAUAAUGUCCACCUGUGUGAAAUCUAAGUUUCACAUAAUCUGUCACAUGAUCUCAGUAUAUAUACACCUGUUCUGAAAGGCCCCAGAGUCUGCAACACCACUAAGCAAGUGGCACCAUGAAGACCAAGGAGCUCUCCAAACAGGUCAUGGACAAUGUUGUGGAGAAGUACAGAUAAGGGUUGAGUUAUAAAAAAAUAUCAGAAACUUUGAACAUUCCACAGAUCACCAUUAAAUGCAUUAUUAAAAUGUUUUAAAGAAUAUGACACCACAACAAACCUGCCAAGAGAGGGCCACCCACCAAAACUCACAGACCAGGCAAGGAGGGCAUUAAUCAGAGAGGCAAUAAAGAGACCAAAGGUAACCCCGAAGGAGCUGCAAAGUUCCACAGCUGAGAUUGGAGUAUCUGUCCAUAGGACCACUUUAAGCCGUACACAGAACUGGGCUUUACAGAAGAGUGGCCAGAAAAAAAACAUUGCUUAAAGAAAGAAAUAAGCAAACACAUUUGGUGUUCGCCAAAGGGCAUGUGGGAGACUCCCCAAACGUAUGGAAGAAGGUACUCUGGUACACCUCUCAUCAACCCAAGAACACCAUCCACACAGUGAAGCAUGGUGGUGGCAGCAUUAUGCUAUGGGGAUGUUUUUCAUCGGCAGGGACUGGGAAACUGGUCAGAAUUGAAUGAAUGAUGGAUUGCACUAAAUACAGGGAAAUUCUUGAGGGAAAACUGUUUCAGUCUCCCAGAGAUUUGAGCCUGGGACGGACGUUCACCUUCCAGCAGGACAAUGGCCCUAAGCAUACUGCUAAAACAACACUCGAGUGGUUUAAGGGGAAACAUUUAAAAGUCUUGGAAUGGCCUUGUCAAAGCCCAGACCUCAAUUCAAUUGAGAAUCUGUGGUACGACUUAAAGAUUGCUGUACACCAGUGGGACCCAUCCAACUCGAAGGAGCUGGAGCAGUUUUGCCUUGUAGAAUGGGCAAAAAUCCCAGUGGCUAGAUGUGCCAUGCUAAUAGAGACAUACCCCAAGAGACUUGCAGCUGUAAUUGCUGCAAAAGGUGGCUCCACAAAGUAUUGACUUUCGGGGGGGGUGAAUAAUUAUGCAUGCUCAAGUUUUCUGUUUUUUUGUCUUAUUUCUUGUUUGUUUCACAAUAAAAAAUAUUUUGCAUCUUCAAAAUGGUAGGCAGUUGUGUAAAUCAAAUGAUACAAACCCCCGCAAAAUCCAUUUUAUUUCCAGAUUGUAAUGCAACAAAACAGGAAAAAUGCCAUGGGGGUGAAUACUUUGGCAUACAAGUUUGUUAUUAAGGCACAUGAAAGUUCACAUGUUCGAGAAUGAACAAUGAACGCAUUUUGAUAAAUAAAAAAGUUCAAACAGCUCUCCUGUGAAGUAGUCACCCUCGACAUAUGCCUAGUUGCCUGACUGGGCUGAUAAAACAGUGGAUUGCGCAGUCAGGUGGAACAGAGUAAAUAGGCAUUUUAACGUCAUAGACUUAGCUGGUGGUAACUUGUUGAAUAGACACCGGCUAAAAUGCGUUUUUUAACCAAUCAGCAUUCAGGACUAGACCCACCGGUUGUAUAACAUGACAUAAACAAUGUGUGACAGUAGUGUAUUUGGUUUGCUUGUCAGGACAACUAACUGUCCCCUGACCAUCGCUUUGCCAUAACAUGUGUCCAGUGUUGUAAGCAGGUACACUUGGAGGAACCAAACUGAGUUUGGAAUCAUAUAAAUAGAAAUAUAGAAUGGGUGUUUUCCCUUCUAAGGAUCCUAUUUAUGUGGUUUGAAUAUCCCAUGAAAGAGGACAGUGAGCACAAAAAGGCUUUGUUUUGACUGUAUCAGACCUUAGUGGUAGACUACAUGCUGGUGCUUUGUAAAGAAUGUUUCGCAUUUAGUUUCAUCUUUCUAAUGUCUCAUUUAUUUCGUUUUUAUUUUCAUGUUUUAUUUUUUAUGUUUCAGCCCCUUUUUAAUCAUUGUCUGAAGUGUGAGUGUCACUAUCAACAGUGACGCAGUGACUCUCACUCAGUAAGUAAGCGUGCAAUGUCUGUUUGAAUCUUGAAUGGCUAUUUAAAUUGUAUUACACGUAACACAACCUGCCUAGCUCCUAUAACAGUUAUACUACUAUUGUGUGUCAUGGUCCAUAAACUGGUGCAACUCAAGAUAAGCAACACAAACUUUCAAUACUUGUAUCAUAGUUCUCCAAAGCUCAUUCAUUGGUCCUACUAUGUUUGCGACAUUCAUUUGUCUUUUUUUUAUGAACAACAUGAGAGUUAUGAUGUCAUCAGAGAUAUAUAGAGUAUGCAUUAUCAAUUGGUGUUGUUGUUCAUCAUUAUGACCCGCCACUGGUUAAACAGUAGAGAUGUAUUACUGUUAUUUCCCGCAAGAAGUAUAAAAAUGCAGAUUUUCUUUUUCUAUUUCUCCCUGAAUACAUGUUCGGUGUGAUGCUAGCCAUGCUUUUACUAGCUCUGGUCCAGGGUGUUCAAGUGGCUUGCUACGCAAGGCUCAAGCAGCGCCCUGGACCAGAGCUAUGCCUCUGCAUACAUUGUGACUAUGUCAACAAAACACCUACCAAAGUGCUUUCCCCAGUUUCCCCUCAUGCGACAAGUCAUUGAAAGAGUUGCCAAAUGCAUGAAUGCCUUGAACUUUGAUAUUUGGAAGGAAAGUUGCUAUUACUACAUCCUAACAUGCAUGACAUUGGAAAGUGAUUAUAGGCCUAUAUGGUAAAGAAGCUCCAUCCGUACAUUGCAAUGAGUCAACGCAUCAUACAUACAGGCAACUUCCUAUCAGCUUCAUAUGAACUCAACAUGCCUUUGUGGCAAAUAAUAAUACACAUGAAUUCCAUUAUGAGUGACAUCUCUUUAUGUCAGAGACUGUGUGUUAUGUGUGCAUACUGCACAUUCUAUAGAUAAGCCUAACAUGUGCAUUAGCAAGAGAGUCAUCUCAAGGGGAAGUCUAUGGAGGGCAGGGUUGCUAAUGUUUCGAAACUUUCCCAAAAUUCCCAGCGUUUCCAGAAAUCCCAAAUGGAGGAUUCCCAAAAUUCCCAAAUUUUCCAAGAAAUCCAGUUGGAGGAUUCACCUGAGAAUUUGGGAAAAAUGUCUGGAUUUUUUUCCAUCCUAAUGGAGGUUAAGGUCUUCCAGAAAAAAAACUAAACUGACUAAAGGAAUCUCACUCAUUCAAGUUCAAUAGGCCCUACUGGUCAGUCCUGCGCUCAGUCUCAUGCAUUACUGUAAGAUGGGUUGGGCUUUGAUGACAUCACCGUUGAUACAGCAGCACUGUUUGGCUGUAUGUUCAGUGCUGUAUUCAUACUGUACUGAGUCUGAAUCGCACAUGUUGAGAGGGCUGAAACUGGACUCUCCAAUUGGCUGGACAUAAAAGGAACAAUAAAAGUUUAGUUAACUAUC